GGCUCUUUUUCUUUUAAGCUCACUCUGCAACAAAAACUAGUUGUUAUGCUGAAAAAGACUACUCAUUUUUCAACUUUUAACUUGUAAUUUGGUAAAGUCCAUUCUUUGCUUCAAUAAUUUAGCCGGUUUUGUAUGUAUUGUUUAUGACAUAUGUUGUCAAUGAAUUCUGCGUCGAAUUCGAUAUUGUUGUGCUCAGGUAGGAUAUUCCCUGAGUUGUAUUAAACUGAAUUAGUAACUGGUACCUGUGGUCGGGAAAUGAGUUGUAUAAGGAUUUGAUCAUGUCACUGCAGAUCUGAAGAUAGCCAAGCGUCCGUGUUAAGAACCAAGUAUCCUUCAUUUGAUGUUGAUGACCUGAGUUUUUACUGAAUUAUGGACCAGAAUUUUAGAAGGCAUGGGAUUUCUGCCAAGAAGGAUUCAUGGAAGACAAUUUUGCUGUUAUCAUACCAAAGUCUUGGAGUGAUGUAUGGUGACUUGAGCAUUUCUCCACUGUAUGUUUUUAGGAGCACGUUCGCUGAUGACAUCGAACAUUCUGAGACAAACGAAGAGAUUUACGGUGUUCUUUGUUUUGUCUUCUGGACUUUAACUCUAGUCCCUCUAUUCAAGUAUGUCUUUGUAGUUCUUCGAGCGGAUGACAAUGGAGAGGGUGGAACUUUUGCUUUGUAUUCCUUGAUAUGUCGGCACGCAAAAGUAAGCCUACUUCCCAACAGGCAAAUUGCAGAUGAAGCGCUCUCUACGUAUAAACUAGAUUGUCCCUCGGAGUCCGAAAACGUCUCCAAGGUGAAAGGUUUGCUGGAGAAGCACAAGAGUUUGCAUACUGCUUUGCUGGUCCUGGUCCUGCUUGGUACCUGUAUGGUAAUUGGAGAUGGGGUGCUCACGCCUGCAAUUUCAGUUUUCUCAGCAGUUUCAGGACUUGGGUUUUCCAUGUCAAAGGAGCAUCAUUUAUAUGCUGUGGUUCCCAUCACUUGCUUCGUAUUAGUAUGUCUAUUCGCAUUGCAACACUAUGGCACACAUCGGGUUGGCUUCCUAUUUGCGCCAAUUGUGUUAACUUGGUUACUCUGUAUCACUACCCUUGGCGUGUACAACAUUUUCCGAUGGAACCCACAAAUUUAUAAAGCUUUAUCCCCAUAUUACAUGUACAGCUUCCUGAAGAAAACAAAGAAAAGAGGAUGGAUGUCUCUUGGUGGAAUUUUACUGUGCAUUACAGGCUCGGAGGCAAUGUUUGCUGAUCUUGGCCAUUUCCCGUAUACCGCAGUCCAGAUUGCCUUCACAUUUAUGGUUUAUCCGGCACUGAUUUUGGAAUACAUGGGUCAAGCUGCUUAUUUAUCAAAGCAUCACCAGUUAAACGAUCAUCUCGGAUUCUUCAUAACUGUUCCAGAAAAUGUGCGGUUACCUGUGGUUAUAGUAGGCAUUUUUGCUGCAGUCGUGGGAAGUCAGGCAAUUAUCAGCGGGACAUUCUCUAUUAUUAACCAGAGCCAGUCUCUUGGUUGCUUUCCAAGGGUCAAAGUUGUUCACACAUCUGAAAAGAUUCAUGGCCAGAUUUACAUCCCCGAGAUCAACUGGAUGCUAAUGAUUCUCUGCAUCGCGGUAGCUGUUGGUUUCAGGGACACAAAACACAUGGGAAAUGCAUCAGGGCUGGCAGUAAUGACAGUGAUGCUGGUAACGACGUGUCUUACAUCCUUGGUCAUCGUCUUGUGUUGGCGCAAACCUCCUAUAAUUGCUCUUGCCUUUCUUAUCUUCUUUGGCUCCAUUGAAAUUCUUUAUUUCUCAGCUUCACUUAUCAAGUUCCUGGAAGGUGCUUGGGUCCCUAUUAUCUUAGCCUUCAUACUGAUGACAGUCAUGUUUGUUUGGCAUUAUGCAACCAUUAAGAAGUAUGAGUUUGACCUUCAGAACAAAGUAUCCUUGGAGUGGCUCUUGGCCUUGGAACCGAGUUUGGGCAUAGCUCGCGUCCCUGGCAUUGGCCUUGUAUACAGCGACCUCGUGUCUGGAAUCCCAGCAAAUUUCUCCCGCUUCAUCACUAACCUCCCAGCUUUCCACCGGGUGCUAGUCUUUGUGUGUGUCAAAGCUGUACCUGUUCCUUAUGUGCCCAAUGCAGAAAGGUACCUUGUAGGACGGGUUGGUCCCCAAGCUCAUCGAUCCUACAGGUGCAUCGUCCGUCUUGGAUAUCGAGAUGUUCACCAGGAUGUGGACUCAUUUGAAUCCGAGCUGGUGAAAAAUCUGGCUGCAUUCAUUCGGUUUGAUGCAUCUGAUAACCGUGGACCUGAUUCGUUCACCAGUGAGAUGUCAGGAUCUGGUGAGUGUAGACUGACUGUAAUUGGGACAGCGGGUUUUUCGGGUCCGCCUGCAUACGAGGUUGAUGGCAGUGUUGAGCUGGGGAGUGUAUCAGCCGGAUUCGAAACCAUUGAGAGUCUGACUGAAAUGACAGGAUUGGAAACUAUUGUUGCUAUUGACAGAAGUGAGAGGAGGGUGAGGUUUGCAGUUGAUGAUGAAUCUGACAGACGGCUUGAUGAUACAAAUGACAGCAUACUGGCUGAGCUGGAAGAGUUGCGGGCAGCGCAAGAGGCUGGCACUGCUUUCAUUUUAGGGAAGUCGCAUGUAAAAGCAAGACAAGGAUCAUCUUUCCUGAAGAGAUUUGCAAUCAAUGUUGGAUACAAUUUCCUAAGGCAAAACUGCAGAGGACCGGACGUGGCACUCCGGGUUCCGACUGCAUCCCUUCUGGAGGUCGGCAUGGUGUAUGUUCUCUAGAUAAAAGUACAUGCUAAUUCAAUUAUGAUGCAAAUGUAACUAAUUUGGUUUGAUAUAUAAAUAUGUGUAUACAACACUGAAAUGCGAAACAAAACGUUUUGCAGGUUUUUCUUCUUCUUUGUAGUAUAUCAUAACUGCUUCCUAUUUACAUUUUGAA